AUGGAGGUUCAGACCGAGUGCAAUGAACCGCCUCUGUGCGACCCCCAGCCAUCCGGAAAGAUCAACAAAGCCGCCUUCAAGCUGUUCGGCAAGCGUAAGUCUGGCAGCGGCUUCUCAAGCUUCUUCUCUAUGAGGAACAAAGGGGACGGAGGCAGUAAGCCUGCCGGCAAGGUUCUGGAGCUGGUCAGGAGCAAAACCCACGAGGGUUUAAUAACCGACACACCGUCUGAGCUGGAGGGUCGCAAAAAGGAAGAGUCGGCAAGCAGUGACCAGCUCCACCACGCCACGAAUGGGGACAGCGAAUCUACGGCUCCUGCCCGCAGCUCCAUCACCAAAUCUUUCAGUUUCUUCUCCCUGUUGCGACGCAGCAGCACGCGCGCUAGCGAUGGUGCAGCCACGGUGGGGCGCAGGGGACGGGGACUGAAGGGGUUGUUCAGCAGCAUGCGCUGGCGUCGUAAGGAGCGGCCAGCACUCGAGGACUCGGGUGAGGUGCAGGAGGUGGCCAAGGAGGUGAAGGAAGGAGAUCUGAUCCUGUCUUCCUGCUCGAACAGUGUGGAGAUUCUCAACCAGGAUGUGACGCUCACCUUGGAGCCCCAGACGCAAGUCUUUGAGGAGAACUCUGCCCCAGAGAGUGUGGAGAGCUGGAAUGGACACUCUCCUCAACCAGAGCAGGGCAUAGAUGAAGAGUGCGGAAAGAGUCCUCCUCAGUUAGAGCAUCUGCUCGCUAAGGAAUCUCCUCCUCCCUCUCCACUCAGAGCCCAAACACAAGGGUCCCUCGUGGCCAAACUCAGCAGCCCGGCCCAUGGGUUCUCGAGUUCUGCUCCCGUUUCCGCUGCUACCCCUCCGCUGGAGCACAGUGUGGCCGACCCACCCUCCGAACCUUCCAUGGACCGCCUGUGUUCCAUGUUCACUGAUGUGACAUCCCUCAAGAGCUUUGAUUCGCUGACAGGCUGCGGUGACAUCAUUGCUGAUCCAGAGGAGGACUCUGGGAACGGUGGCAGUGGGACGAGCAGUGGAACGUGCAGCAGCAGUGGGGGAGGUGGUGGGGGGCGAAGAGUUAGUGGGGCAGGAGGCGUCGCUGAGAGGUGCUCUCCAGCCAAACCACCCAUUUCCACUCAGGCGUCAGCCCUCACCUCCAUCCCAGCAUCAUCUUACAUUCCAGUUCACCAGCGACCACGUGCACCGGUAAAGAAACCACAGGGUAGUGGAGUGGUGGCCUAUAUGGGUGGUGGGGAAGAGAUGGCCAGUCCUGAAGGGGUUGAUGACGCAGAUAUGCAGGGGCUGUGGCACAUGUUGCCUCAGAAGGGGGAGGAUUCUCCAGCACUACCCCGUGCUGAGCCUGUCCUGCAUCAUGCACCUCAACGAUCAGAGAAAAGGCCACCGCCAGUGAAGGGUUUGGGGCUCAGUAAGAUCCCUGUUAGUGGGGUUAGCAGAGCAUGUAAACAACAACCCACACGUCCAUCUCCUCCUCCCACUGAGAAAGAGCUCCAGGACGCUCCACCCAGUGAUGAGGGGUACUGGGAUUCUUCCACACCUGGGCCAGAAGAAGAGGAGAGCGGCUUCCUACUUCGAGAUAGCAGCCUCUUGCCACGCGACAGCUGUUCCGGAGAUGCGCUCUAUGACCUCUACGAUCACGAAAGCCCGGGAGCUGUCGGCUCCGACGACGAUGACAUGAGCUCGCCGACGCUGUCCACAGGUGAUCUGAAACUCAGCCCGCCCUCGCAGAACCCUUCGUCUUCCUCCUCAUCCUCCUUCCGUUCAAUGAAGGGCAGCACCAGCCUCCCGCGCGAUUCCAAGAUCCCCAUCAGUGUGAGGCAGGUGCCACCACCUCAUUCCUCCAGCCAGGGGUCACUCUCGUCCUCAGCUUCUCACAACCCCCCUCCAAAAACUGAUGCACCCACUCGCACUCGCAUUCCUGUCUCCAAGGUUCCCGUCCGUCGAUCAGGAAACAAGAAUACGGGUGCCGCACGAAACCUGAAAUAG